AUGCUACCCAGAAACUCAUUACCCGCUUUGAGUCGGCUCCCUUCAGUAGGAAGGCUACUGAGUGCGAAAAUCAUCAAAUUCGUAUUAACAAUAGUGGUGAUAUUCAACAUCAUCUUCAUAACCACCCAGCUAUUCGAUGGCAGCAAGUCCUCACGAAAGAAGAAGCCAUUUGUGUCAAAGAUAACUCUACCGAAGUUUUCAUCGAGUAACAAGAACUCCAAUGCAAAUACAUUGAAACCGGCGCCUAAUCAUAAACAAGGUUUUCAUCAAGGGUUGGGAGGCGCUUCCUUAGACGAUAUACCCAAGAUUAUAGAGGUGAAAAAUGCAGACAUAAGUUUCCAAAAUAAAUUGCAGCCGGAGUCCAAGCAACUAUAUCUGGUAUCCGAUAAACCAUACAAUGAGUUGGAUGAUGAUGAAAAGAUUUUGUACAAAUUAAACCAAGUGACCAAAAACAAGGACAAAUACUGGUUGGGUCAUACUGAACUAACUGACUACGAAAUCAAAAUCAAUGUCAAGGAUUUUUUGCCUGAAAAUUGGAUCGAUAAGCCAGUUUUAUUUUACGAUCCAAGAUUCACGUUGUCGUUAUAUCUUUCAGAAAUACGUAAUCAAUACUUGACGCAAAACUCAGAAGGCUUACCUGAAAACAACAAUGGAAAGAUUGUCUUACCAUUUGCCUGGUCAGAUUGGGUCGAUUUGACAAUGUUGAACCAAGAAUUGGUCAAACCAGAAAACAAGAGGAAAACUUGUGAGUACAUGAAGGCUACUCAUCAUAUACCUACUAAAAUCCGUGAUUACUGCAUCAACAAUGUUGAUAUUAGUGGGAAGGAGUUGGAUGAGAUGAAACUUCCUCUGACUGAUUAUGUCCCUGGUUUUGCCGUUAAGAAAUCGCCGACUAAUAAAGCAUCGAAUGAGGUACGGAUGUUGGAAGGCAAGUCGCAUCUCCUCACUUAUGCAGCUAACCCUUUAGCUAUUGUGUUUUUGUCUCGGGAUGGAGUUUAUGAAACGAAAAUAGAUCAAAAGCAACGUAUUGUUGAGGGCAAGUUGUUUGAAAAUUAUCUCAAUCGAAACAAUAUCACUCGUGAUCAGGAUGAACCAAUUAUAUUGAACCCAGUAAAGGAGUUUUACCUACUACGUAAACAAAUAAAACCAAUAGUGCUAGAUGUGGUAGAGGAUGAGUAUGGCUUAUUUGCUAAAUCAAAAGACACUUUUUCUCCAUCAACUUCAAGAGAGAUUUCUCUUCCUCAACUGGCAUUUGAUUAUCAACAAGAUGAGAUUGAUGCUCAAAUCAAACAUUAUGAGAAUAGAUUGCAAAUGUUGCAUGAUUUAACCACAAAUGAGCUCAAAUUCAACCAACAAGCGAUUGAUCAAGUUCGAUUAGACAGGAGUGACAAAUUAUACUAUGAUGGAUUGAAAUUUGCCAAUAAGUAUGCGUUGAAAAAGGAACCGACUCAUUUCCGUAUGGCAAGAUUGAAUUUUGGUAAUGAAGAGAAUGAUCAUGAUGCAGGAUGGCAUUACGAAUGGAGGUUUUUCAAUGGAGCUUUACGGUAUUUGAAAAGUGGAUGGACAGAAGAAGAGUUGUUGAUUAGAGAAAAAGUAUUGUUGGAUAGAAUUUUGAGAAACUGGUUUAAAUUUGCUAGUGUCAAGGGUCUUGUGUCUUGGAUUGCUCAUGGUCCGCUCUUGUCGUGGUAUUGGGAUGGAUUAUUGUUUCCAUUUGAUGAAGAUAUUGAUAUACAAAUGCCAGCUAAAGAAUUGGCUCGAUUUUGUAAAUCGUAUAAUCAGACAUUGGUGGUUGAGGAUAUUAGUGAAGGGUUUGGCAAAUAUUUUAUUGAAUGUUCGUCAUUUAUCCAUCAUCGUGGUAAGUCGUACAAGGAGAAUCAUAUUGAUGCACGGUUUAUUGAUAUCGAUACUGGAUCGUAUAUUGAUAUUACUGGGUUGGGAGUUAGUGAUGAACCAGUGCCAGAAAGGUAUACUGAAUUGAUUGAACAGAAUGAGUUGGAAGGUAAAGCUAAGCAAGUUUACAAUUGCCGGUUCCCACAUUUCUAUUCUCAUGAUGAAAUAUCACCAUUGAGGUACACGAUGUUGGGGGGAGUGCCGGUGUAUGUGCCUAAUCAAAUAGAAACUAUCCUUCAACAGGAAUACGCCAAGGGGUUGAGUAGUUACAACUAUGAUGGAUUCUUUUUCGUUGAUGCUCUAAAUCUUUGGAUCCAUUAUAGUAAAUUGGAGUUUUUGUUUCCAAAGAAGGAGAUAUACAAGAACAGCAAUAGCAAGAACAACAACAACAACAACAACAACAAGAAGAAGCAGAAGCAAAAGCAGAAACAGAAACAGAAACAGAAACAGAACCAACUCCAACACCUCAACGUGCCUCGAUUCACUGAAUUGGUGCAAAACAUUACACAAGCACAAGUGGUUGAAUUAUUGGAGAAACAUGAAGAUAUCUUGUUGGAGUACUAUCUUACUAAGAAUGCCACUGAUUUACAUAAAUUGGAAUUGACUCACAUGUUUAAUUUAACGAAUGGUAAAGAAACUAAGAUGGCUGAUGUGAAGGGGAUGAAACCAUCAGAAGAAAUUUCUCAAGAUGAAGAAUAUCAUAAAUUGACUUCACGGUUCAAAUUUCAAGUACCAUUUAGACGGUCAUUAUUCAAUUAUGAAAUGAUUGAUCGACCUAGACAUCAUCAUGAUUAG